CCACGCACCAGCCCCGACUCAGCCACUAGAUCCCUAGAGUGAGAGCCAGUCAGCCCCGAGGGGGGCAGCUCGCCGUUGGGCUAGCGACAAGAGAUUCUCUUUUCCUUCCUUCCCGCUUUCCUUUUCCUGCCUGCUUGCAGCCGCAGCACAAGGACCAAGAGGGCUUGAAUAAAAGAAGUCUGACGGCAUCCCUGACAGAAGUUUCUUCCAUUUCCAUCAAGCACGACAACUUGGAUUUCAAGAAAUAUACUGCCUACCAAGAGCAAAGCGUCGUAGGAAAGAUCACACAGACAGCACAGAUCAGAAGGAACUGCUGUGAUCUUUGAGUCCUGCUCAGCUUCAGCUUGCAGGUUUCUGUCUGAUCUGAAGACCAAGCACUGCAGUGACCGAAGAGCAGCAGGGAGACAUGGCAAGGAUAUACCUCGCAUAAUGGGUUCCUUUCACGUAAACCCUGUUCCCUACACAGAAGUCCUGAAGGACUCCAUUGGUUGUGGAGGUGUGUUUCUAAGAAGAGGAAGCCCACAUGUUAGUCAGUUUUUGCUAAUGCCGCUGAAGAAAAUGAAGCCACGUUUCAGCUUUGCCAAUCCUUUUCCCACCACCCUUGGCUGAAUGAGAAAUGGUCAUGUGAUUAUGCUGACACCUCAGCAUGCAUUUUGUAGACCUGUGGUUAACUCGUUCCCUAUCCAUGUGUCUGCUUUUACAAAGUUUUGUCCUCAUGAUACUGUGCUUUCAUUCUGCCAGUAUGUGCCCAAAAGGCUGUCUCUGUUCUCACUCUGGAGGACUGAACGUAAGCUGUAGCAAUGCAAACCUCAAGGAAAUACCCAGAGAUCUCCCUCCAGAAACAGUCCUGCUUUAUUUGGACUCCAAUCAGAUAACAUCUAUCCCCAAUGAAAUUUUUAAGGACUUGCACCAACUGAGAGUCCUCAAUUUAUCAAAAAAUGGAAUUGAAUUUAUAGAUGAACAUGCCUUUAAAGGGGUGGCAGAAACCUUGCAGACUCUGGAUUUGUCUGACAACAGGAUUCAAAGUGUGCAUAAAAACGCUUUCAACAACUUAAAGGCCAGGGCUAGAAUUGCAAACAAUCCCUGGCACUGUGACUGCACACUGCAGCAGGUGUUAAGAAGCAUGGCCUCUAACCAUGAGACAGCCAACAAUGUUAUCUGCAAGACUUCUGUGCUGGAUGAACACGCAGGGAGACCGUUCCUCAAUGCUGCCAAUGAUGCUGACCUCUGCAACCUUCCUAAAAAGACUACUGAUUACGCCAUGCUGGUCACCAUGUUUGGCUGGUUCACCAUGGUGAUCUCAUAUGUGGUUUAUUAUGUCCGGCAAAAUCAGGAGGAUGCAAGGAGGCACCUUGAGUACUUGAAAUCUUUGCCAAGCAGGCAAAAGAAACCUGAUGAAGCUGAUGACAUUAGCACUGUGGUAUAGUAUUCUGAAUAUAAUGACUGCCUUUGUGAUGGUAACUAGAUUUGGAUGAUGCUAAAACCAGAAGUUUACUUCUAAUGUUCAUUGUAAACAUAAAGACUUUGGAGGUUUUUUCCCUGUUUAACUGAAUUACACCACUGUUGAUCUUUCUAAGAGAAAGUUUUGUCUGGGUGGUAUACUUUAACGAUUUCUCUGGUGGAACCGUAAAACAAGUGAAUUAAUAUGUAAACAUUACUUUAGACCCAUUUCACUAUUUAAUAAUGAAUUCUAUUUUUUUAAUUUAAAAGACAAAUAAAAGCUUAAAUUUGAACCAUGCAAA